CGUUAAUGAAUGUAUGUUCCCCUUCAAAAGUCUAAGGACCAGCCCUUUUAAGAAAUCCAUUUUAGCAGGUUCGUUCAGUCAGUACUGAUUGCAAGUAUGCUACUUGGUAAUCUCCAAAAAACAAGGAGAAUCUGUCUCCAAAUUAAUAAAGAGUGGAUUUAGUUAAAAAGAUUAUAGCUCUUCUUGAAGAAAAUGAGAAAUCAGCAGAACUAAUAAAAUAACUGUUAACAAAGGAGUCGAAGUACUAGAAACAAAGAUCAAGCGAUUAAACAGAAUUAACUUAAUUAAGAGAAGAAGUAGUUAUUCUUAAAGAAUAACUGAUGUAAUAUAAUCAUUUAUAAAAUUUAUCAGUAAGUCUGAAGAGGAUAGAAUCCUAACAGAGACAAAAUACUAGGCUGUUCUAAAAGAAUUAGAUUAUAAGGAUUAAUAGAUUGAGAAUAAAAAAGAAACAAUUAUAGCUUAAGAAGAACAUAUCAAGUAAUUAUUAGAAAGAAAUGCUGAGUUAACAGAAUAGUUGAAAUAUAGUCAAGAUGAAUUAAACAAUUUAGGGGAUAUUGACGAAAAGAUCGAUUUUAUUCUUAAUGAAAAUGAGUAAUUAAAAUUCUUAAGUGAUAAAUUAUAAGAUUAAUUGAGUGCAUCUGAAGAAUAAUUAUUUAAAUUCAAAUAAAAAAUAGAUUAAUUGUAAUCAUAAGAAACAGAAAGAAGUGAGGGAGCUUUGAAUGGAUAUAAAUAGAAAAUAAGAAAUUUAGAAACGAAAUUAGCUGUAUUAUCAGAAGAUAAUGCACGGAGAAGGCAAGUUGUAUGA